AAUACCUAAUUAUAGGGUUACUACAUUGAUCUAUUUAAAAAGAUCACAAAGUGCAUUUUGUAAUUAAGCCACAAGAUUCCUUCUAAGACCAAAAGCAAAAAAAUGGCAGGAGGAGCUUUUGUAUCAGAAGGAGGUGGUGGUGGAAGAAGUUAUGAAGGAGGAGUCACAGCAUUCGUUAUCAUUACAUGUAUUGUGGCCGCCAUGGGAGGUCUCCUCUUUGGUUAUGACCUUGGAAUCUCAGGAGGAGUUACAUCAAUGGAGGAGUUUCUUACCAAGUUCUUCCCUCAAGUAGAGAGCCAGAUGCAAAAGGCGAAGCACGAUACGGCUUAUUGCAAAUUCGAUAACCAAAUGCUCCAACUGUUCACUUCUUCUCUCUACCUCGCAGCUCUUGUAGCUUCCUUUAUGGCUUCGGUUAUCACUAGGAAGCAUGGACGUAAAGUCUCUAUGUUUAUCGGUGGGCUUGCUUUCCUCAUCGGUGCACUUUUCAACGCAUUUGCCGUUAAUGUUGCAAUGCUCAUCAUCGGUAGACUUUUGCUCGGUUCUACUCCGGUAUACCUAUCGGAAAUGGCUCCAGCGAAGAUAAGAGGAGCUUUAAACAUCGGUUUUCAGAUGGCUAUAACGAUUGGAAUCUUGGUGGCUAAUCUGAUAAACUAUGGAACAUCAAAGAUGGCUCAACAUGGAUGGAGGGUUUCUUUAGGUUUAGCAGCUGUUCCAGCUGUUGUGAUGGUGAUUGGAUCAUUCAUUUUGCCCGAUACACCAAACUCGAUGCUCGAGAGAGGCAAAAAUGAGGAAGCAAAACAGAUGUUGAAGAAGAUACGUGGAGCUGACAAUGUUGACCAUGAGUUUCAAGAUCUCAUUGAUGCUGUUGAAGCUGCCAAAAAGGUGGAAUAUCCAUGGAAGAACAUCAUGGAGAGUAGAUACAGACCAGCUUUAAUCUUCUGCUCGGCGAUUCCCUUUUUCCAACAGAUCACUGGAAUCAAUGUCAUUAUGUUCUACGCUCCUGUUCUCUUCAAGACUCUUGGUUUUGGUGAUGAUGCUGCUCUUAUGUCCGCUGUUAUAACCGGUGUAGUCAACAUGCUCUCAACCUUUGUCUCCAUUUACGCGGUUGAUCGAUAUGGUAGAAGGUUGCUUUUCCUCGAAGGUGGCAUUCAAAUGUUCAUUUGUCAGCUUCUUGUUGGUUCUUUCAUCGGUGCAAGAUUUGGAACCACAGGAACCGGAACCUUGACGCCAGCAACAGCAGACUGGAUUCUUGCUUUCAUAUGUGUGUACGUUGCAGGAUUUGCAUGGUCAUGGGGUCCAUUGGGAUGGUUAGUACCGAGUGAAAUCUGUCCAUUGGAGAUUAGACCAGCGGGACAAGCCAUCAACGUCUCGGUCAACAUGUUCUUCACUUUCCUCAUUGGUCAAUUCUUUUUGACAAUGCUUUGUCACAUGAAGUUUGGUCUAUUCUACUUCUUUGCAAGCAUGGUUGCGAUCAUGACGGUUUUCAUUUACUUUUUGUUGCCGGAGACUAAAGGUGUUCCUAUUGAAGAGAUGGGAAGAGUUUGGAAGCAACAUUGGUUCUGGAAAAAGUAUAUUCCAGAUGAUGCAAUUAUUGAAUCCGUCAUGUCUUCCGGCGUAAAUUCAACUGGCUCCGCCGCAGCAGCACCGGAGGCUGACAAGAUGUUCUUCUGCUACCAGUGCAAUCGCACAGUGACAAUCUCAAUUUCCUCAUCCGCUGAUCCUUUUUGUCCAAUUUGUAACCAAGGGUUUCUUGAAGAAUGCGAAGACCCUAACCCUAAUCCAUCCCUCAAUUUCAACCCUAACUCUGUUGAUUCCCUUUUCCCCAUGGCUGAUCCUUUCUCCACCUUGCUCCCUCUCUUAUUCGGCUCUUCCGCUGCCUCUCCUUCCGGCAUGGACUUGAUGAGCUCGAGCUUCUUCGGUCCGUCGAUGCAACCACAGGCUCGCUCCACUCAGCAGAAUCCCCAGUCUGACGCGUUUGAUCCGUUUACGUUUCUUCAGAAUCAUCUCCAGAAUCUGCGAUCUAGCGGUACGCACGUUCAGUUCGUGAUCGAGAAUCAUCCUUCGGAUCCAGGUAAUCGUAUGCCUGGGAAUUUCGGAGACUACUUCUUUGGUCCAGGUCUUGAGCAGCUGAUUCAGCAGCUAGCUGAGAAUGAUCCUAAUCGUUACGGAACUCCUCCUGCUUCCAAAUCCGCCAUUGAUGCGCUUCCUACUGUCAAGGUAACGAAGGAUAUGUUGAAAUCCGAGAUGAACCAGUGUGCCGUGUGUAUGGAUGAGUUUGAGGAUGGUAGCGAUGUUAAGCAAAUGCCUUGUAAGCACGUCUUUCAUCAGGACUGCUUACUCCCAUGGCUGCAAUUGCAUAACUCAUGUCCGGUUUGUCGAUUCGAGUUGCCUACUGAUGAUCCAGACUAUGAGAACAGGACUCAAGGAAUUCAGGCGAGUGGCGAUGGACAAGGAUCGGUUGAGGGUCAGCAGACGCCGAGGUUUAGUAUACAACUUCCUUGGCCGUUCAGGAGACAAGAUGGCUCUGGUUCUGAUCCUGGUUCUGGCUCGGGAGCACCUGGUGCCAGUGGAGGUAAUCUUGAGACCAGGGGGGAAGAUUUGGAUUAAGAAUGUGUUGGCCAGAGUCAUUGCUUGGAAACUGGAUCAGAAGGCUAUCACAAGUUCUCCAACAACAAAAAAAAACAGUUUUAUUAGGGAAACAAAAGUGACAUUGAGGUCUUACCAUAUUUUGUACAUUUGAAAAGUGUUCUUUUUUCGUUGUUAUUUUGGGAUAUAUAACGAAUGUGAGAGUUUUUAAAAAUUGCAAUUUUUCAUUUGAGUGUUGUUUAUUUUUCUCAUAAACACAUUGCCAUGAA